CAAUUCGGAGGAAACAAAAACCUAACGACGCGAAGAAAAAGUCGCGUAUUUCAACCAAACUUCCUCGAACUUUCCUUGAAAAUUCUUCACCCUCCUAUCAAAUUCUUCAAUCCUUCGUCUUCCUCUUCUCUCUCUCUCUGGCCAAUUCUUCACAUACCCGCUUCCGGAUCUGUCGGAUCCACGCUCUCGUUUCUUUGGAUUUGGUUUCGAUCUCCUUGUUGCUUUUUUGGAUUCUCGUUCUGGAUCUCGCUAGCUAGGGUUUUGGUCUGGUGAAGGGUUUUGCGUGAUGGGUGACGGUGGUCACGGGUUUUUGCCGUCCGCUGGGUUUCCGGCGGACGAUUGUCCUAGCGUCUUCGAAUUUGACUACGACGAUGAUCUCGCUAUUGAUUUCGACACGAUCUAUCGUAUUCUUGAUGAGAAGCCCGAUUCUGCGGAGGGUAGUCAAGAAAAUUUAUCCCGAGUUGGUUCGUCUACAGAAUCUGGCGAGCUCGAAACUUCACACUUACUAAAUGGAGGAUCUCAGGAGACUUGUUGGUCUCAUUCUCGGGAUUCGUAUAGCUCCAAAGCAUUGCUUGCUGGGUCAGGGGUGCCCAGUUGUUCAUUCGAUGAUCAUGUGAAAGUGGAAUCGGGACAGGGUUCUUCACCAGCUCAGACUUGUUCCGCAAGUCUUAAAGAUUGGUUUUCAUUGAGCCAGGGGGGGCAGUUUACGGAAACAUCUGGGGUGUCUCAUUCCGAUAUGCAAGGUUGUAGUAUAUCAUCUGGUCCUGUUGAGAGAUAUGAUGCUGGUUUCUCUGGUCACGGUGGCAAUAUGAUCUUUAGUCCUUUGAAUUGUAGUGUUGACACUGGGCCAAAGCGUGAUGACGAGAUACUUGAUCUUAAAUUUACAUCUUGUAGGCCCACGACUCCAUAUCUAAAUGGCGUGUCUGAAGAUGGAUUUGGGAUAGGAACCACACAGAAUUCCUUCAAUAUGUCUGCUCUCUGUCAUAGUUCGAACUCUCUCAGUCAUGGUGCCAGUAACAGCGCCCCUUCUGCAAAAUAUUGCUACAAUACAACUGGUGCAUCCUUGUCUGGAGCUUCUCACAGUUUCUCCCAUAAUUCAGCAUUUCGGUUUUUCCCCUAUAAAGAAGAGGCUACAAAUGACAUGAGGAAUAUAGCAAGUGAGUCUCAGUCUGAUACCCGGAUUGUUUUUGAUCGGCAUGGGAGACUAGAUGGUGGAUCUUAUGAUAGAGAACCAGUUCUCGAUUUAUUUAGCGCAAGAGAACACAGUUUCAAGUUUGAAGGCAAUCCCUUAAUUUCUCCUUCAUGUGCUAAAUCAUAUAAUAGUUUUGACGGGCAUUUAGCAGAAAUGGAACUGAGACAGCCUAUUACUUACAAUGCUUCAAGUGGUAAUCAGAUGAAUAAAGUUGUCCAUAUGACAGAUAAACCUGUUUGUAAUUUGACCGAGUCAGAGAACGUGAUCUACAGUUCAAUCCCGGGGAAGGAUCUUGUGCGUCAUGAAGGAUCUACAGGCGGAGAAGCCAGACAGUUUUGGUCCAGUGUCCCUAAUUGUUCCUUUCAGGAAGAUGCUAAGAAGGAAUAUACAAUUAUGCCAUCCAAGACCGCUUCACAUAGUAAUGAUAUUGGAAACAGAAGCUCUAGUAUAUUUUUUGAUUCAAAUACCUCUCUACAAUAUGAAGCAGAUCUUGACUCGGGAACACAAAGUUCUGAACACUUCUGGAUAGGAGACAAUGAACAUAUCCGACCUAGGAGCAUGGAUGCUGAUCAUUUGAAAGUCAGUCCUGAAUCAUUUCAAAGUGCUUCGUCACAGUAUGAAUAUUUCUCCGAUGAUGACUCUGAUGUAUGUAUAAUAGAAACUAACAGUCUACCUGUUCUGCCUCGCCAAUCCCACGUUAUGCAAAAGCCAGUUUUUUCUUCACAAAAUUCUGUGGUUAGUCAAACACUGAAUCAUUCUAGAGACUUGAAGCUUCAACCAAACAAGGAACAACUGAUUUUUCAAGCUGCAUUGCAGGAUCUUUCUCAGCCCAGAUCUGAAACAAGUCCCCCUGAUGGUCUCUUGGCAGUCCCACUUCUGAGACAUCAGCGGAUUGCUUUGUCGUGGAUGGUUCAGAAGGAGACAAGUAGCUUCCCCUGUUCUGGGGGGAUACUGGCUGAUGAUCAGGGACUUGGAAAGACAAUUUCUACUAUAGCGCUUAUACUGAAGGAACAACGUGCACUUACUGGAGCUUGUGAAGAAGGUUCCAAAAGAGAAAUUUUUGAUUUAGAAGGUGACAGUGGAGAAGGGCCACUUUCGAAACUUAAUGGAGGAAUCGAGGAAUCUAAUCAAUCUCAGAUAUCACACGAUGAUGACAAAGUCGGUUUACAACCUUUAGGUAAAAUGAAGGGACGGCCAGCUGCUGGAACACUUGUUGUCUGUCCCACUAGUGUUUUAAGGCAAUGGGCUGAUGAAUUACGAAAGAAGGUGACUAGUCAAGCUAAUCUCUCCGUCCUGGUCUACUAUGGUCCCAACAGAACAAAGGACCCCUAUGAGCUUGCAAAAUGUGAUGUUGUCCUUACCACAUAUUCUAUUGUAAGCAUGGAAGUGCCAAAGCAGCCUCUUCUUGAAGAAGAAGACGAAGAGGAGAAAGGUAGCUCCUUGGAUGAUUGUGGAAAUUCAUCUACUGAAUUUUGCACAAUCAAGAAGAGAAAAAAUCCUCCAGGUGCCAAAAAGAAGUGCUCAAAGCAGAGGAAAGGUGUGGACUAUGCAUCUCUUGAGAGAUUAUCUGGUGCUCUUGCAAAGGUGUCAUGGUUUAGGGUUGUUCUAGAUGAGGCACAGAGUAUCAAGAAUCGUAAAACCCAAGUUGCGAGAGCAUGUUGGGGUCUUCGGGCUAAACGUAGGUGGUGUUUGUCCGGCACUCCUAUCCAGAAUGCAAUUGAUGAUCUCUACAGCUACUUUAGAUUUCUCAAAUACGACCCUUACUCUAGCUACAAAUUGUUUUGCACGACAAUAAAGAAUCCCAUCAGUAGGAGCCCAGUGAAAGGGUAUCAGAAGCUGCAGGCUGUCCUUAAAACGAUAAUGCUUCGCCGAACCAAAGGUACACUCCUUGAUGGAAAACCCAUAAUAUCGUUACCUCCAAAGUCCAUUGAAUUGAGAAAAGUGGAUUUCACGAAGGAGGAACGUGAUUUCUACUCCAGAUUAGAAUGUGACUCUCGUGAUCAAUUCAGGGAAUAUGCAGAAGCUGGAACUGUGAAGCAAAAUUAUGUAAAUAUUUUGUUGAUGCUGUUGCGUCUUCGCCAAGCUUGUGAUCACCCUCUUCUCGUGAAGGGUUAUGAAUCUAGUUCUACGUGGAAAGCCUCGGCUGAAGUGGCUAAGAAGCUUCCUCGUGAAAAACAAGUUUUUCUUUUGAAUUGCUUAGAAGCUUCACAGGCUAUAUGUGGCAUUUGCAAUGAUGCACCUGAAGAUGCUGUUGUUUCAACCUGUGGUCACGUUUUCUGCAAGCCGUGCAUUUGUGAACACCUUACUGGUGAUGACAAUCAGUGCCCAAGUGCAAACUGCAUAGUCAGACUCACUCUUGCAUCAUUAUUUUCCAAAGGGACACUGAACAAUGCUCUCACCGAGAUGAAUGGGAUGGAUGCUCCACUGGAUUGUUCCACUUCAGGCCCUGUUGGGAUUGAUCAGCCCUGUAAUGAAAAUUUCCCAUAUGGGUCGUCCAAAAUUAAGGCUGCUCUUGCUGUCUUGCAAUCGCUGGCCAAACCAAAGAAUCUGAGCUUAGCAAAUGAUUCGAAUCAGACCUCUCACAAUGGAGAAGUCCAGAAACUUGAAAAGUCAUCUAGUGUUCCUGAUACACCUGUUAAAAAUGAGGGAAAUAGUCUGGAUGGUUCAAUCAAGAUAGCAGGAGAGAAAGCCAUUGUGUUCUCUCAGUGGACAAAGAUGCUGGACCUACUUGAAGCUGGUCUAAGAAGUUCGUGUAUCCAAUAUAGAAGGCUUGACGGGACAAUGUCGGUUGUUGCUAGGGAUAAAGCAGUCACGGAUUUUAACACUCUCCCUGAGGUUUCUGUCAUGAUAAUGUCUCUCAAAGCUGCAAGUCUUGGACUGAACAUGGUGGCAGCUUGUCAUGUUCUAAUGCUGGACCUGUGGUGGAAUCCUACGACUGAAGAUCAGGCAAUUGAUAGAGCACAUCGUAUUGGACAGACACGUCCAGUUACCGUGGUGCGCUUCACAGUAAAAGAUACAGUUGAAGAUCGCAUAUUGGCCCUUCAGCAAAAGAAGAGAAUGAUGGUGGCCUCUGCAUUUGGAGAAGAUGAAAAGGGAAGUAGGCAGUCACAUCUCAGUGUGGAUGACUUGAAGUAUCUGUUUAUGGUGGAUUCAUGAGAGCUGGGUGAGGAUCCAUGGUGCUUUUUGACAUCUCUGGUACAUAUUAUAUAGGUUUCGGGUUUUUUUUUUCUUUUCUUGUGCACAUUAGAAGAAACAUGUACACUGGAGAAGGAGAACACAUACAGCUGACACUGCUACAGGUCUCUGAAAAGGAAGGAUCGAUUGCCACAUAGAAGCUGAUUUGAUUAUUCCACUGGAUAAGAAAUGUGAAAAGUUUAGGUAUUGCAGAGAAGGGUAUAGACAACAGGAGAGGAUGAUAGCUUUUUUAGCUUUGAUGGCUUCUCUACACUUUUACUCACUCUUGGUCACACACUGUAUAGAGAAAGCUUAGGGGGAUUGAAAAUGUUUAGGCAAAUUGCAUUAUAGGACAGAUACAGUAUUGAAAGUUUCCUCAUUUUUUCUAGUUAUAUUUUUUUUUUGUGGAAAAGAAGUUGCAGGAACAAUGUGAUUGAUCAGUCUAAUAUUGAAUUCUCUUUGUUGGUG